AUGGUUGAUUAUGUAAGUGGAAGUGGAAGUGGUAUUGGAAGCACUGGCAAGCCUGUGGAAUUCAGUGCACCUGUCUUCAAGCAGGAUGUGGCCAGCCUUUGUUCUGCCCUAGAGGCCCCGUACGACGAGUCCAUCCUGGAUAAGAUCUUGGAUGUCUAUACAGAAAACUUCCGACGCGGAGCGGUCCUAUGGAAGGCCACCAAUCGCCCCAAGGAUGGAAUUGCUUUCCGCUUCUACGAGCGCGCGAAAGUCGAGGUGGUUGCACCAGCCAUUGAGGCCAACCUUCUUCAAGCGGAUCAUCCUAUGAUCCCGUUGAUCAGGUCAUGGGCCGACAUCAACGACAAGGCCAUUGCCUCUUGCGACUUCGACCCUGCCAUGGGCCUCAAUAAGACUUGGAUAUGGCUGGGUGGACGCCCGUCCAUCGAUGAGCUGCUUAAGGUACCCAAUGUCCCGGAGUCUAUCCGUGCAUUGGGAGCCCAAUUCAAGGAAGUGGGACUGGACACUGUCCGGCACACGGCCGUCGAUUGGCGCACAUCCACAGUCAACAUCUACUUUUGGGUGAACGGGGAAAUCGACCUCGAGAUUGCUAACAGGCUGGUGGGCCUUUCUGGAGGCACUGCACUUACCAAAGAGAAACUCGACGAGAUCAAAUCACAGCUCAUCCCGGAAGGAUUUACCUUUGCCACCACCAUCAACUCGGCUACCGGCAACAUCGAACGCGUCGCCGUCUACGCCCUGCGCCUGGAUGGCAACGCUCUUCCGCCAGUGGGGGAGCGCCUGGCGACCUUCUUCCAGGACGCUAAGAGCUACGAUCACAAAGACAUCAACAUCGUGGCUUGGAGUUUCGGUAGGGGAGAGAAAGGGACCAAGGACUACAUCAAAGGAGAACGUAGCUACUCAGGAGAGCUCAACAACGUGCUGCAGGGCUGGGGCUCGCCAUUGAAACCCGAGACCGCCGUAGCCUGA